GCACGGCCGUGAGUCCCCUCGGCCCCGCGCCCUCUGCCCGGCUCCCCCCUCCGUCUGCCGCGACGGCCCAGAGGACGAGAGGCUUGCCAACAUAACCUCAGUCUUUAAAAAGAGCUCCAGAGGUGAUCCAGGGAACUACUGGCAUGGGGAAGUCUUUUUCUCACGUGCCAUUACAUACGUAUAAAGAAGAUGGCUCUGAUGGAGGAACAGGAUCAGAAAAUGUGAGGAAUGGGUUAGUUCACUCAGAAUCCCAUGCUGAAGAUGGAAGAAGUGGGGAUGUAUCACAGUUUCCAUAUGUGGAAUUUACAGGAAGAGACAGUGUCACCUGCCCUACUUGCCAGGGAACAGGACGAAUUCCACGUGGACAAGAAAACCAGCUUGUAGCGCUAAUUCCAUACAGUGAUCAGAGACUGAGGCCAAGGAGAACAAAACUUUACGUGACGGCUUCUGUAAUUGCAUGCUUACUCCUGUCUGGGCUGGCUGUCUUCUUUUUAUUCCCUCGGUCCAUUGAUGUGGAAUAUGUUGGUGUGAAGUCGGUAUACGUCACUUACGAACCAAGUAGACGUAUUAUAUAUCUAAAUAUUACGAAUGCGCUAAACAUAACAAACAACAAUUAUUAUUCUGUUGAAGUGGCAAAUAUUACAGCCCAAGUUCAGUUCUCAAAAACAGUUAUUGGGAAGGCACGGUUAAACAACAUCACCAACAUUGGUCCACUGGAUAUGAAACAGAUUGAUUAUAUGGUACCCACAGUCAUACAAGAUGAAAUGAGCUACAUGUAUGAUUUCUGUACCUUAAUAUCUAUUAAAGUUCAUAACAUAGUAGUCAUGAUGCAAGUGACUGUGACGACAUCUUACUUUGGCCAUUCUGAGCAAAUAUCCCAGGAGAGGUACCAAUAUGUAGACUGUGGAGGAAACACAACUUACCAGCUGGGCCAGUCAGAAUAUCUAAACGUACUUCAACCUCCACAAUAGAAGUGGCAGUGUGGAUAAUGUGGAAAGGAGAUGGCUGUUCAUCCUGCCAGAGUUCAUCUAAGUAGAACUGAUCAGAUUUGUUACUUGAAGGGGUGGGAGACUGUGGAUGGGAAGUUGAUUAGCAAUGCUGAAUGCUUAUUCACUUAUGAAAGGAGAUGGGGAUAAGAUGUAAAAUGUAUAUAGCCACAAUUAAUGAACAUUGUGUAUCCCCUUCUGUUUACUUUUAUAACAUACUGGCAUUUCUAUCAAAUUGUUUUGCUAGAAAAAAAAUUAUGAAAUGUAAGUACAGCAGUUGUCCUCUUUAUAGCACAGUCAAUGUUCAUGAUCGACACUUUCAUCUAUCCAGUUAGCUGUAUGCAUAUUUUAGAAGAAGGACAUCUAGAAGUUAAAUUUUACUCCAGUUGUUACACUUUAGUUCUCACUUUUUUUUUUUUUUUUAACCCCUUGAAAAAUCUGACCUGUAAUAUUGUUUAGUUAAAUAGUGAGUUUCUAUGCAGUACUCCAUAGAUUUGGAGGCUGGGAAGUUGCCUUUAUCUUUGUUUGUUUUUGGUGGGCUUUGUUUUGGUUAUUUUUGUUUUGUCUGUUUUUUGGUUUUGGAAUUCCAUUUCUUUAGCUGUAUUUCCAUUAGCUUACUGCAGUACUCAUGCGCACACAUAGAUCCCUUGGGUGGGAUAAAAGUUUUACUUGAAUGUGGACUAUAUUAUAAAGCAUAUAGUUACUGCUUGUUCUACCAGGUUUUGUUUGUUUGUUUUUUAAAGUAAAAUCUAUGUUAUGUGUUAGACAAAAUUAAACUGCUGGCAAACAAGUUAAUGAGUAUUAAAUAUAUUGAGCACAUGUCUGUGUAGAUUCAAUUAGCAGUAUUUACCGGAACUUCCUUUGAGCUCCUUCACUUUGUGUCAGAUUUAGAGUAAUUCUCUGAGAACAAAGUAAUGUAUUUUUCCCUGCCCUCCCCGGCCCCUUUUAAAGUAUAGGUGAUUAUGUAAACAGGUUACAAGAAUUCCAGUGUGGUUCCUUUCUGAUGACAAAAUGGUACCUUCUCGCUGAGUAAAUGGCUUCUGUAAAUCCCCGAAUGUCGGGUUCAAAACAUCACAUUGGGAGAAGCAUAAUAUAAUUUCAGAUCUUUAAUGCCUUUUGAUUGGGAGGUGGAAGAAGGCAGAUUAUCUUUGGAUCUCAAGUACCAGAACCUCUUUCUUUAUUCCAUUUCUUAGCUAGGAAUGAUGACUUCUAAAUUUGGCUAAUUAGUAACAGGUCAUGUUUCUUUUGAGGUCAGUAUUUUGUAAUGAACAGGUGUGAAGGUUUUUAUGUCACCUUCUCUUCCAGUGUAGUUUUUUAAGAAAUAAGGACAGUCUAGUUAGUUGGCAAUGAAGUGUUAAAUCUCAAAGAAGGUAAUUUAGGGUAACCUCUUUCUGGUAGUGUCUGAAGUUUGAAAACAUUGUAUCUCUUUUUAUUUUUUUUCUGUUACAAACCUUUUGUCAUACAUGGAGCUAAAUGUGACAAAUGUGUGUUUAAGAACGUUUUAAAUUAAACAUUUCAAUACUUCAGUAUUGAUGCCCCUUGAUCCUGCUAGGGGUUGAGAGAGACUUCCGUUGUACCUACAUAGGUCCCUUUUCAGUUUUGGAGCCAAAAUGAUCAGUUCUGUAAAUAGUGCUGGUUAGUUUUCAUUGACAGAAUCAAUAUGUUAAGGUGUACUUUUUUUUUUUUUUUUUUUUUUUAAGUGUCUUUUGGUUCUGGAGCGGUCAAGAAGAAAGAGUGAAUCUUUACAAUCAUAAAUAAAAAGCUUGUAUUGCAGCCUAAUGCAGUGAGAUGUAAUUUAAAUGCCUUGAUUGUGGCCAUCAGCAAAGUAAAAUCUGGUGCAGGGAUGGUUCCAGCAUUCGUCUUUGUUUCCUCUGAUCCAGGCUGGCUGUGUUUUUUGAGGCUGAGGACAGAUAUAUAGAAAGUCUAGCCAAGCUUAUAUUGCGAGCACCAGGGAAUAUUGUGAAAUUAGAUGCUGUGCCAGGUCAGUGCCAUCAGAGGAGGUCCCUAUCUGGAGUAGGAGAGAGAAGCCUUCAAGAUCUGGUUAUGACAGAAGUAGUACUACAGGUCUUCCCUGCAUAUGGGCCCACAUUUUUUUCCUGAAUUUUUGAAGUAGGGAGAAAAUGCCCUUUAAAAUUAGGUGGGUUUAGGGUUAAUAUAAAUUGCACCCUAAAAUGGGUGAAAAACUGGGAUCAAGUGUACAGAAAACUGAUUCAUUUAUAUAGCAACAGUAUUGAAAACUGACUAAAUAGAGGGCUUUUAUACUGCAACAUACAUACAUACAUACAUACUUUUUGUCACUGCACUAGCAGUUCAGGAGUACAGAAAGAGGUCAAUGAAGCCUGUCCCACAACAGUCUGGUUAAACAUUUGAAUUAACUGAGUAAGAUUUCAGGUUUAAUGAGAUGCCCAGACUUCUUUUAAGUUUUACCUUUUUAUGAACUGCUUGGUAUUAGCUACUUUGGAUAUGUUGACUUAUGGAAAAUCCUGCUUUACUAAUAUGUAUAACUUACUGAAUUCAUUUGUAACAUCUCUGCAUUCAGUAGAAUAAUCCAGUUAGGAAUUCGUUGGUUUAAGUGGCCAAGAACUGUUCUUCAGUUGCCUAAGGACUUGAUCCUACACCUUGAUAGCUGAAAAGCCCUGCAAAAUCGAAGGCUUGAAGUAGUGCAAGAAAUUAAGACUGGAAAGCUUUUUUUUUUUUUUUUUUUUUUAAGUGUACUAUAAGCUGUUUUGUCUCAUCUUUAUCUUUGCAAAAAUGCUGGUAAUGCAGUAACGUUCAGUGAAAAACUAAAGAGGGUUAAUAGCAAAACCUGUCUUCAGUUUUAUCUGAAAAGAGGAUAUAGAACAAAUGAGGCAUUUCUUUGUCUCCAUUGAAAUGCAUUUCAUUUGGAAUAUAUGGAUUAUAUGGAUCAACCUUGGACAUAUCGUUUAAGAGAAAAGGCUAAUAUGUAAACUAUAAAUUACAGGGUGUAACAAUUGGUACUGGAGUUCUUUAAGUAAAUGUGACUUGUGCACACGCAUCUAUCAUAAAUGGAUUGACUUUUUUUAACCUAUAAUAUUCAAUUAUGUUAACAAGUGCAAGGUUUUCUUAAGCAGAGCUCAUUAGAUUGAAGAACCACUGUUUAAAUUAUCCUUAAGCUAUGCACAUUUUUGGUUUCGUUUUUAAUAUUUCAAGAAUAAAUCUGAGAAGGUAGAUAGUGAGUAACUGCAAUUUCCCACUCAUCCUAAAUAUUCACAACACUAAAUAUUUAUGUAUUUUUUUUCUUAAAUAUAUAUUUAUAAUUUGGUAUGUAUUACUUCAGUGUUGCACUAUUAUAUAAGAGAUCUGUUCCUGGUGUAGCUUGUCACUUGAAUUUUCAUAAUUGCUCUGUAGCAGGUCUGUUGCACUUUAAAAAUGGAAGUUCUCUUUGUUUAAAGUAUGACUGUCCAGGUGAGGUACUGUAGUGACUUGAAAGGAAAAUGUGUAAUGUCUCUUUUUAAUGCUUUCAAAUAUGCAUAUUGUAGAGACCACUAAUUUUAAGGAAACUAUGUAUGGUGCAUUAAAAAGUACAUAAGGUAUUAGGCACUUUGAUCCAUGUCCCUCAGAAUUACAGCAACCUGCCUUGCCCUGUACUCCUGGGCUGACCCAAAGCAGUGUGGGGUGAGGCAGGGGCAUUUUGCUACAGCAGCAAUGUUCCCAAGCUUUCCCCUGUGACUGCAGCCUGCCUUGCUCAGCACUGCUCUGGGUCAGCUGGACAGUAGAGGAAGAGGGGAGUCAGGAGUUUAGCUCAGGAAAGCUUCUGCAUGUCUGGCUCCCAGCUGUCUCGCUUCCCCUUGCCCAUUGUUCAAUCUUCUAAGAGAAACUCUCCCAGGGGCAGUUUUAACCCUUGUUGUUCCAUGGUUUUUGGGGGGGGUUGGGUUUUGUUUUUUUGUUUUUUUCCUGGAACAGCCGUUUCUGCUGUGUAAGAAACAGCUUGAAUGUCUAUACGUUCUUGGUUUCUAUUGAGAGAACAGCGAUUCUCCUGGUUAGAAAUUGAACAUCUGUACCUAGCCUAAAAGAUUAUACAUAAUCCUUGCUCCUCAACUUCAGAAGUAUGAGUUCCCUUUCCCUGCUUCUCCUUUAACUCCCCCUGCCCCCCAUCUUUUCUUCAUCUUAAAACUGUAACAGGUCUCAUAAUUACUUUUCAAAAGUGUGCUGUGGAGAUCAGUAUUUUUUUAAGUAACUAUUUGCUAUAAAGUAUAAUGUCAAUUUUUUUUAAUGCACUUCUGAAGUGUGCAUGACCUUAAUAUUAACAUGACUGUACUACAUUUGUAACUUCUGUUUUAGCAACUUUGAACAUAUGCAUUAGUUGACUCUGAUACAAAUUGUCUUUGGAAUUCUGAAGUGAAUACGUCCUUAAGUUGUGGUAUGCUUAAGUAUAUAUGACUUCUGUUUUUUUGGUGUUUAAAAAUGGUGUGCACAUUUGGCAAUUUAAAAGAUCAAAACAUCUGUAUAACUUAAUUGCUUAAAGUCGGAUGAAAACGACUGAAGUUUGUAGUUAUGACAACACUCCAAAUAGAAGAGGCAAGAUUUCAGUUGUUAAAAUAAUAUGCUACUCUUAUUUACAAUGUGUGUAACAUCUAAAAAUGUACAUUAAUUUUGUGAUAAGAUCUUUUUUAAAAUUAACUAAUUGCAAUCCCUUUUGUUGUAUAAAAAUUGCUGUUAACUUCAGUACAGCAAAGUCAUAUUUUGCAGUUCAUCAUGUACAGUACAGUUGCAGGAUAAGGUCCUGGAUUGGAACUCAUAUUAUUUUUGCUUAACACUUCAUGACAGCUGCCAGAAGUUUGGCAAUGUUAUUAGAUUUACCUUUACCCUUUUUUUUAAGUGACUAUUAAUGCAAUGCAAUUUACCAAAAGUAAUUUGAAAUGUACAAGAUUUAACAAAAAACUGGAGGUGUGGGUUUGUUUGGGGGUUUUUUAAAGCACAUGGGCUUAAUGUGAGCAAAGCUAGGACUAAUCAUCCAGGUUUCUUUUCUCUUUCUUCUUUGUUAAGCUGAUCUUGAACUUCUUUAUUCUCCUCUAACUGAAAGGUAACCUACUUGCUGUGGUGUUCCCUACUUGCAUGAUCCUGCUUUGGCACAUGGAUGUUCCUACCAAUUGACUCUUGAUGGGCUUUUCAGGCAGGAGCAGUUUCCAGCUAGUAAAGAAAAAGUGCAGGAUAGAAAUCAAAUAUAAUGGAUCUGUCAAAAACAAAUGUACUUUGUACAAUGUGCUAAAAUGCAAUCUGUUUUCCAUGGUAGUAGCACCAUAGUGUAAGCAUACUGCCAUUCUUAUUGUUAGUGAUGGGGAACAGGCCUUAAAAUUUUAGAGAUGAAUGUCUUAUUGGCACUAAGACUUUUACAGUUAAAUACUAAUUUAGGUAAUUCAUGACAUAAUCUUUCCUUUUGGUUUAGGGAGACAUUUUUUCCACAAAUUUAACCACUGUUGUUCAUUGUAGAGGAAAAAAUAUAUAAUUGCUUAAGAUAUAGAGAUGCUAAUGGGUGAUAACUAUUUUUGUAAAUUAAGAAUUGUAAUUGUUGCUGUGGUAACUGUGUAGCAAAUUUGUAUCAGUUUAAUACGCAUGAUAAAUAAAAUUUCCAUAUAUCAAAAA